AACAAAUCAGAUUGCUUAUUGUUCUAUUUUCAAAAGUAUCGCAAUGUGGCUGAAGAGAAUUGUUUUCAUAUUUCUGAGCGUUUUAAUAUCGAACAUCGAAGCCCUGGUAACGGAGGGUUCUGGAUCUUCUUGUCAAAUCAGUCCUUGCCAAAAUGGAGGUUACUGCAUCGAAGGUAGUACUUGUGUUUGUGCGGCCGGAUGGACCGGUACUCUGUGCGAAAAGAGAGAAGGUUCUGGAUCUAUUUGUCAUCAAAACAAUCCCUGCCAAAAUGGAGGUGUCUGCAUCGAAGGUGGUACUUGUGUUUGUAGGACUGGAUGGAGCGGUACAAUGUGUGAGAAGAGAGUGGUAAUUUCAGAUGAUAGCGUUGUUAUAAUUGAUGCCAACACUGGAAUGAUGUAUACCUUACUUGUGAAAAAUUUGACGUUUGGCGAUGCAGUUAACGAAUGUAAAAAACGCUUCGGAAGAAUUAUCUCCAACGUUACAGAUACAAAAGUCAAAAGAGCUUUAAGUAUGCUGCAUGAUAAAGCUUCACAAGCGUUGGGACAAUUAUCUGAAGAAGCACUAAACCAAUUUUGGGUUAUUGUCGAUAAAUAUACUGAUAUAUUUCCUCAACUUACUCUUGAACUUUGUACCACUUCUGACGUUAACGGAACAAUUUCAAAAGUUGGCUGCGAACACAACUUUUUCUCUGUUGUAUGUGCAAAACCAAUCUCAGGAGAUUGCUAUCCCGAAAUAUCGAAAGGAAGAUGUAAAUCACCAAAAGAUAUGUGUCAAUACAACAGAACAUCUCUCAACUGCGUCUGCAGGGAUGGCUUCGUGGAAGAUCCAUCUGAAGAAAAAUUAUGUGUAGACGUGGAUGAAUGUUCUUCACCUUAUUCACCUUGCAACCAUCCAAUAACCGUUUGUCAGAACACACAGGGAGCUUACAGAUGUGGAUGCUCAGAUGGAAAGCAAGGAAAUGGUGUGCAUAUGUGUGGCUAUGUUACCACUAUGGAGCAGAGAAAUGUUGACUUCAAUAACAUACCUUACUUAGUGAUUCCUAACGGAGUCAACUCGACUCUGUCGAUGUAUAAUUUUGAAGUGGCCAAAAAAAAAAUACAAGGCAAACUUUUGGCAAUAUUUCAAAUUUCUACAAGCUCCAUAAAAAAAAUAUUUGUGAAAACAAUGUCACCUCCAUGGACAGCUGCCACAGUUGUUUACGACGUCUGGUCUAUGCAUUCUGAUAUCUCACCGACUUCAAUUGAUGAAUUUUAUAAUGAAGCUGGACGACGAGGAAAGCUAUACUGGAUGCAAGGGAGUAAGCCAUUCAAAGCUCCUGCAGUAUGUACACCAUCGACACUCGGUUUGAAGAAUAGAUUUUAUAAAUUUUCGUCUGCGAAUCCUGGAACAAGAGGAGUUUCAGAAGAACUUUGUCCAGACGUAAUUUUUAUCGAAGGACGCAACAUCGCAACUGCGGAAUGCAAAACAAAGACUAACAGCGACGGAAGCAAAACUGCUUUCUACGAUUACAAAACUGUUGUUGUUAUUCCAUGUUACAUAUCUUUGGAAUCUGUGAAUGAAAUGGUUGAAAAUGUGAAUUCCACUUCAACAGCGGAGAUAGCGAUGCGAGAUUUGGAUUCGUUGACGUCAGAUUACACAAAAACUAACAAUGAAAUGGUUGAAAGAGUUACCGAAUCCAUGUCAAAAGUUGCUAAUUUUGUAUGGACAGAAAAAGUCGAUAUAAACCUUGAAACGAUGACAAGUAUGGUGAACGUGGCAGACAAUAUAAACAAAGCGCAAAAAUAUGACCGACAAAUGAACGGAACCGCUCAACUUAAUGCCACCCAACGUCGGGAGAUAAUCAACUCAUUGGAAAGGUGUUCCGUGCACGUCAUAACUAACAGAUCAGAAACCUUCACAAUAUCAACACAAUCAGUAAUAAUGCAGAUCACCAAUGCGUUGCGGCGACAGAAUUCAACAUCCCAGUUAGUUUCUGACAUUUCUUUCAAUCAAGUUUUAUCUGAAGAAUCUGCUUUCACAUCGGUUACUUCGAAUUCGUGUCAACCGAGUGGUCCAGCUGUCGUUCGUUCAUUUAUCCCGACUGAAGCUGUGCAAAAAGCAAAGAAAAUGAAAGCCGAAAGUCUCACUACGACUGGAAAUCUACCUGUUUCAUUCGUGUAUUUCACAGAUUCUGAAUUUUUUACGCCUCGCAAUGAUAAAUAUGAAAUUAAACAAGUUCUGUCUGCUCAAAUAUCAAAUUUGGAGUUGGAAAAUUUGAAAGAUCCUGUUUGGUUUCAACUUCCUAUUACAACAUAUAAUAAUAAAAACGCUAAAGUAAGGCAAUAUUUUAAAUGUUCGUUCUUGAAUGAGAAGACUGGAGAAUGGUUAUCGGAUGGAUGUGAAACAAUUCCUGGAUCAGAUCCCCCAAAUUGCACGUGCAAUCACAUGACAAAUUUUGCAGUUCUAGUGCAAACGCAUGAGAAGAUGCAGGAGUAUUCGCUUGAAAUCGUGGGAAAAGUGUGUUGCCUAAUUUCAAUAUUUGGACUUUUGUUUAUGCUGCUAAUCCAUCUUUACUUUCCAAUAUUAAGAAAAUCUGAGAUUGUGAAGAUUCAUUCCCAUUUGGGUUUUUGUCUUAUGUUGUCAUACAUUAUUUUGCUUUCGUCUACUGAACGUCCAAAAGCCUACGGUCUCUGCAUUGCAUCUGCUGCUCUUCUACACUUCUUUCUAUUGAGUUCAUGGGGGUGGAUGGUGGUAGAAUGCAUCACUAUGUAUAAGAAAUUGGUGUCCGUAUUUUCUAAAGCGAUAUCACACUAUGUAACAAAAGCUGCAGCAACAGUGUACGUUAUAUCGGCGGUAAUUGUAAUAACAACAAUGGUCAUUUCAGUCACGUGGUAUGACACUACCAACUACGGCGGUUGGAUCACACCAGGGUCGGACUUCUUUCCUUCGUCUUAUGUCAGUGAUCGGCUAUGUUGGCUCCACAGUUAUUCCCUCAUAUUCGGAUUUCUCAUACCGGUAGCGGCAGCAUUUGUUGUCAGUUUUUCCGGGGCGAUCGUCAUUUUAUGGUCAAUUACAUGCGGAAGAAAACAGGUUGGGUCACAAACAAAUCCGAUGGACAUUCGCACUUACGUUACGCGAGCUAUCACGGUGUCUGUUCUGCUGGGUUUAUCAUGGGUGUUUGCAAUUCCUUUAACUUUGUCUGAUGAUCCAACUGUGAACACUAUAUUUGGUUGGUUAUUCUCGGUAACAAAUGCGUUGCAGGGCUUCUUCAUGUUCCUGUUAUUUUGUGUACGAAGAAAUGAUGUUAGAAAACUUUGGACACGGGAAUUGAAAAACUUUUAUACGGUUGAAGAUCUUGAUUCCGUAUCAGCCUCAAGAGGAACAGUGCGUGAGGAAACAAUUACAGCUGCUUCGAACGAUAAUACCGUAUGUGUAAAUUCAACUGACGUCACCCAAAGUGCUGAAGACCGCAACAGUCUAGUGGCGAUGGAGGGGUUUCAUAAGAACACGCCUCAAAACUUGACCUACAUAUCCGAUGAGCAUGAUUUCGGCAGACUCGGGAAAAUAUCGUCAUUUCACCCAAUUUCUAACGACAAUAAACAUCAAUAAAGAAUCGACGUUUUUCAGUAAUUGUUGUUAGUUAAAUACGAAAUGUAAUGAUGUAAAUACAAAUUACA